UUUAUGAAGGCAAAAUGGCGUCGUGGUUAGGGAGAUCGUCUCUGCUCCUGGCAAGAAUUUCGACAUCACCAGCGUUGGCACGGCCAGCCAGUGUGACUGUAGGUCGCAGGUACCAGUCUACUCAGUCUGCUGCGUAUCAACAAACACUUGUCAAUGUGCCUGAAACAAAGAUGUCAACUCUGAGCAACGGUUUCCGAGUUACUUCAGAAGAUUCUGGAAUGCCCACAUGCACAGUUGGACUUUGGAUCGAUGCUGGAAGCAGGUACGAGAAUGAGAAGAACAAUGGUACCGCUCAUUUUCUGGAACACAUGGCUUUCAAGGGCACCAAAAAUCGAUCCCAGAUGGAGUUGGAGCUAGAAAUUGAGAAUAUGGGAGCCCAUCUCAAUGCCUACACUUCUAGAGAACAGACUGUUUAUUAUGCUAAGAGCUUCUCUAACGAUUUACCUAAAGCUGUUGAAAUCCUGUCCGACAUCAUCCAAAACAGUACCCUUGGAGAGGCAGAGAUUGAGAGGGAACGAGGGGUGAUUCUUCGGGAGAUGCAGGAAGUUGAGACAAAUCUUCAAGAGGUCAUCUUUGAUCAUCUGCAUGCGACUGCUUACCAGGGCACAGCGUUAGGCAGGACCAUCCUAGGGCCCACCGAGAACAUCAAGUCCAUCAACCGUAAUGACUUAGUAGAGUACAUCUCCACCCACUACAAGGGACCACGCAUCGUGCUGGCAGCAGCCGGUGGGGUCAAUCAUGAUGAACUGGUGGGCUUGGCUGAGAAGCACUUUGGUAAUCUGGGUAUCGACUAUGAGAAUGAAAUCCCUGUAUUGCCACCGUGUAGGUUCACCGGCAGCGAGAUCCGUGUUCGUGAUGACAGUAUGCCACUGGCCCAUAUUGCAUUGGCUGUGGAGGGAGUUGGUUGGGCCCAUCCUGACAACAUACCACUCAUGGUUGCCAAUACGCUGAUUGGAAGCUGGGAUCGCUCCUGUGGUGGUGGUGCUAAUGUAGCCAGUAGACUUGCACAAGCUGCCUUUGAGGGUAACUUGUGCCACUCCUUCCAGUCAUUCAACACAUGCUACACUGACACGGGACUGUGGGGAAUCUACAUGGUCUGUGAUGGCUUGUCCAUUGAAGACAUGAUGUAUCAUGCCCAGUCAGAAUGGAUGUAUCUGUGUACCAGUGUGACAGAGAGUGAAGUGACCAGAGCCAAGAAUCUGCUUAAAACCAACAUGCUGCUGCAGCUAGAUGGUUCAACUCCCAUCUGUGAGGAUAUUGGCCGCCAAGCUCUGUGUUACAAUCGUCGUAUCCCAUUACCUGAGCUGGAUGCACGCAUCGAAGCUGUCAAUGCUAAGGUCAUCAGAGAUGUCUGCUCUCGCCACAUCUAUGACAAGUGCCCGGCAUUGGCAGGAAUCGGUCCAAUUGAGCAGAUUCCUGACUAUAACAGAAUUCGUGGUUCCAUGUACUGGAUACGAUUGUAAUGACUAGCUGAACGGCAUGAAUUGGCAAGAUUUCUGCUCAUACACUAGUGUUUGCAGGCGAGGCCCUGUUUAAUUAGUUGAAACACUCAAAUUUUGUUGUGCAUUUUUAGCAGUUUUGGGAGUAACUUGUACAGGUUGUGAAACACUUAACAAAGAUGGUGUUUCCAUUUUAUUUAUGAAGACUGCUACCGAAGGAAAACUGACAUCUACAAUGUGUAGUGAAAUCAUUACCUGCAAAUAUUUCCUCAAACCUAAAAUUGCUCUGAUCCAUAUUUGAGUCAGUCGGCCUGAAAAUGUACAAAUUUAUAAACAUAGUCUAUUCCUCUCCAGGUUUUUAAUUCUUGUAUUUCAAAGAAGUUGUACUUCUGGUCUGGCUUCACGUAAUCCUUUCCCUUUGUGAAUAAUGAGGAAAAUGUCAAAUCUAUGAAUUUCAAACAUUACAAACCCCAGGGGAAUAGUAAUAUGUGACCUGCUCUGCAGAACGGUACAUUAUUUUGCAAAAAUGAAAAAAAAAGUUAUAUUCACGGCUGAAUAGCCUCCAGUGUAAUCUUUCAUUCGGUAUACUGCAGAUCUCAGUAAUGGAGCCUCAACUGUUCUAGAGAUAUUUGUGACAUUUACCCAGAGUUGCUUCCGUGGAGUUCAACUUCACACAGCUGAGAAAACAGGCUUUGAAAAAAGUGAGUCUGAUACAGACUUGGGCUUGGAGGACUUACCCCAGCAAUCCACACGGUUUUAUUUCAAAUAGUUACUUGUCAAAGAUGUGAUUUCUGAAGGAAAACAAAACCGAAAAUAAAUUUGAGAAAUUCACUCUCUCAAGUUCGAGCAGACAUUGCAUAGAAAGGCAUAGCGCAACUUCACCCUUUCUCAGAGAUGUCAAAAUAUAUGUGAAUGCCAUUCUGAAUUAUUUUUCUAAGGUAAAAUUACAGUAAUUCUUUUUUCCCAAAUCCAAGCUUAUAGGAGCACGUUGCACUCUUCAGAAUCUUCCUGUGUUAGGAGGUUUGGUUUUCACCUCAUUUGUGGUCAGAAUGUAAUGACUGCAAAUAACCAAACAUUUUCAGAGUAACUAAUCUCACUGACAGAAUAAUUUGUAUUAAAUUUGUUAAGUUCCACUA